AUGAAUACCUCCAUGAGCACGAUCAUCAUCUUCUUCAUGACCUUCUCUGUAGUCUUUGUUGCCGUUAUGGCCGAGAAAAUAAACCCUGAGGAAAUUUGCAUAAGAAGAAAUAUUGCCCGGUCGCAACCACCAAGCUCUUCAGCCGAGCCCAAGAUAUCAAAGUUUGACAUUUUUGUGGACCAAUAUUGCAGAGAUACAGGGCGUGCCAUCAUGUUCUAUGUGAGGGUGAACAGAAAGUUCCCGUCUCAUUACGUCAAAAUGUUGUGCAAUAUAUAUGAAAACGAUGAAAAAAGGGUCAUGGACUACAUUUUAAAAAGAUGGUUAGGAUUUUCGAAGCUCGCGUAUGGUUUAACUUGUGUUUCUCAUUAA